AUGCUCUGAGGCGGGGCGAUGGCCAAGAUCCGAGUGGCUUACGAAUACACCGAAGCUGAAGACAAAACCAUCCGACUGGGCUUGUUCCUCAUCGUUUCUGGUAUCUUGUCACUUUUUAUCUUGGGCUUCUGCUGGCUCAACCCGGCCCUGCAGGACUUGCAAGGAAAGGCGGCGAACUGCACCGUGCUAUCGGUGCAACGGAUCAGCGAGGUUUUCGAGUGCACGUUCACGUGUGGCGCCGACUGCAAGGGCACCUCCCUGUACCCCUGCCUCCAGAUCUACGUCAACAACUCCGAAUCCAACGCCCGGGCGCUCCUGCACCCGGACGAGCACCAGCUCCUCACCAACCCAAAGUGUUCAUACAUCCCCCCCUGUGAACGAGAAAAUGAGAAGAACUCUGAUAUUGUAAUGCACUGGCAGAUUUAUUGGGAAGACGAAGUAGGUUCUCAGCCUUUCACUUGCUACUUUAAUCAGCACCUCAGACCAGAUGAUGUAUUGCUACAACGUACACAUGACGAAUCUGUUCUUUUGCACUGCUUCCUUUGGCCAGUGGUCACAUUCCUGGUUGGAGUCCUAAUUGUGGUCUUGACCAUCUGUGCAAAGAGCUUGGCUGUCAAAGCAGAAACUAUGAAGAAGAGGAAGCAUUCCUAAAUGGAAGACACCCUUCAAGAAAGGAUGAGGGAAUGUCAAAUGUGACUGACUUCUCUGGUAUUCCCAGCAAUGCCCAUUCCCAGUGUAUUGCCAACUGCUGGUCUUGCUGAUGCCUAGGUGACCAUGCUGUGACAUGUUAACUAGUUGUUUCUGCCAUUAUGAAAGCAAGUGUGUUUUUUCCACUAAAUGAUCCUAAG